AACUAUCCGGACCAGGAAGUUCGUGACAAACCAUCUGCUUCAGAGGAAAUAGAUGAUCAUUGAUGUCCUUCAUCCUGGGAAGGCCACCGUACCAAAGACAGAAAUUCUGGAAAAGUUGACCAAGAUGUACAAAACCACACCAGAUGUCAUCUUUGUAUUUGGAUUCAGAACCCACUUUGGUGGUGGCAAGACAACUGGCUUCGGCAUGAUCUAUGAUUCUUUAGAUUAUGCAAAGAAGAAUGAGCCUAAACACAGACUUGCAAGACAUGGCCUUUAUGAGAAGAAAAAGACCUCCUGCAAACAGCAAAAGGAAUGCAAGAACAGAAUGAAGAAGGUCAGGGGGACUGCAAAGGUCAAUGUUGGUGCUGGCAAAAAGCCAAAGGAGUAGCUCUUCAGUGAUUUGAUGUUCUGCUGUGAUAGGCAAAUUUCUGAGAGGAUAAAAUAAACUAAAAAGCUUCAAAAGAGAAAAAAGGAAGAAAGAAAGAAAGAAAGAAAGAGAGAAAGAGAGAAAGAGAGAAAGAGAGAAAGAGAGAAAGAGAGAAAGAGAGAAAGAAAGAGAGAAAGAGAGAAAGAGAGAAAGAGAGAAAGAAAGAAAGAAAGAAAGAAAGAAAGAAAGAAAGAAAGAAAGGAAAACGUCUUUAUUUCUCUCGUGACCCAGACAUCACUGAGUAGAGAGUUGUUCAAUUUCCAUGAAUUUAUAGGCUUCCCGGUGUUUCUGUUGUUGUUGAAGUUCAGUUCUAAUUCAUGUGGUCUGAUAAGAUACAAGGCAUUAUUUCAAUUUUUGGUAUCCUUUGAGGCUUGCUUUGUGACUGAUUAUAUGGUCAAUUUUGGAGAAGGAUCCUUGAGGUGCUAAG